CGACGAGUCCAUCGAUUUCGUGCAUACAGUCAUACACUAACAGACAUCGUACGGAAGAAUCGUACGUCAAAAUUUCGAUAAAAAUUCGCUCACAGAUAACCUGUCAAUGUUAUACGAUAGUCACAAGUGUUUUAGAACUAGUGAGAAUACGUGCCUAACGGUACAGAAACACAUCAACGCAUCGAGGUAAUAUUCGCCGCGUAAAGAGAAUACGCAAGCCUAAUUUCCCAAAGGAAUGUAGGGUGGUCGUCGUCGGACAGGUUAGAUCUAAUUGGACCACAUCGGCGAUGGCAGAUGCUCCGUUGAAUGAGAUUGCAAAUCCUGCACAAACGACUGCAGCGAUGCCGCAUAGAAUCAGCAUCAAUAGCGUGAGACAGCCGUCCAGUUUGUUGAUGACUCACACUACCGGGCACACUGAAGUAUCACCUACACCGUCAGUAAGCAUAGGAGGUCUCAAUUUUAGUGGGCGUACCGCAGAACAGUCAAGAAUAUUUGCAGACAACAUUUCAACCGCAUUUCAAGAAAUUCGACCACUCCUCGAACAGGCCAGAGCGCCACAUGGGAUUGUCCUAACGUCAUGGCUGAAUCGUCAAACGCAACAAGAGACACCACCAUCUGCAGCGGAUAGUUAUGUAAUAAACCUAAAUGAUCAGCCAUCCACUAGCAACAUAGGUUCUUCGCACCACCAAUCCACGCAUGAUCAUCAUCAUCAUCAUCACAGAACUGCGACAGACAAUUUUCUGAACAACAUAAGAGAAGCGGCAAACGCAGAAAGUCAAAAUAACAAUAAUAAUGCCGAAGAAGGGCCAACGGAUGCCCGGCAUAUUAGUCCUGAAACAAGAGCUUUGUUAGAAAUUUUACAGCAAUAUGUUCCAUUUGUGUUGAUACUCCUUGCAAAAUGCAUUUAUGAUCACCGAGCUGGGAUAUUACAUUUUUUAGCUUUACUAGUAACGUUCAUUCACACUAAUAAUAACCUGAAACUCGAAAUAGCCAAACAAGAAAAUAGAAGUCGUAUGGUAUUGUUAGUUGUUCUAUUUUAUAUACUUGGUUGUAUCGUUUUCAUCGAUUAUAUGUCUGAAGAACAUAAAUUGUAUUUGAGCUUAGUUUUGAUACCGUCUUAUACGCAGCCUAUUACACUCUGGGAGUUACUAUGGUCUCUGGCAAUUACAGAUUACAUAUUGAAACUGAUCACUAUUGUCUUCAAAGCUAUUUUGACUUGUCUGCCAGUCAGGAUACUCGCAUUUCAGAAGCGAGGUAAAUACUACCUGAUGAUAGAAGCCACUUCGCAGUUGUAUCGAUCUAUUGCGACGAUACAACCUUGGUUAUAUUAUUUACUCGAAGCAUACCAAGGCCCGGAAAAGGUUUUGGGAGUAUUUUUAUCAGCGGCGUAUAUGGUUAGCAAAGGAAGUGAUCUAGUAUCACGAGGAAAACUGUUUCGCACAGCUGCAUGGAAGUUGCUUCAGAACGUGAAUAUAGGUGCGUCACCGUCUAAGGAACAGCUAACUGCAGCUGGAGGGAUAUGUGCUAUUUGCCAUGAAGAGUACGCAACGCCUGUCAGAUUACGUUGCAAGCAUAUUUUUUGUGAAACAUGCGUGUCAACUUGGUUGGAUCGAGAGUCUACCUGUCCAUUGUGCCGUGCACCAAUCACAGACGACCCAGUUUACCGCGACGGCCAUACCACAUCUUUUAUUCAGUUAUAUUAACUUCUUGUUUGAUAUUUAAGUAAAGUUACUUGUAUGAAAGUUUUAUGGACGCUAAAGUGUUCUAAAUAUUCAAGCAGUAACAAAUUCGGGAACAAAAAUUAAAUAGCAUUGAAUUCUUGCGUCACGGACUACUGCCUGAGAUUCCAAGAUUUAUGUAUGUAGUCGAAAAUGUUGAAUGUUUUCGAG